AUGGCUUCACUGAGAAGAGUCAAAGUGCUGCUGGUGUUGAACUUGAUCGCGGUGGCCGGCUUCGUGCUCUUCCUGGCCAAGUGCCGGCCCAUCGCGGUGCGCAGCGGGGACGCCUUCCACGAGAUCCGGCCGCGCGCUGAGGCGGCCAACCUCAGCGCGCACAGCGCCAGCCCCAUCCAGGAUGCUGUCCUGAAGCGCCUCUCGCUGCUCGAGGACAUCGUGUACCGGCAGCUGAAUGGCUUAUCCAAGUCCCUUGGGCUCAUUGAGGGUUAUGGUGGGCGGGGGAAAGGGGGCCUUCCUGCUACCCUUUCCCCGGCCGAAGAGGAAAAAGCCAAGGGACCUCAUGAGAAGUAUGGCUACAAUUCCUACCUCAGUGAAAAAAUUUCACUGGAUCGUUCCAUUCCGGAUUAUCGUCCCACCAAGUGCAAGGAGCUGAAGUACUCCAAGGACCUGCCGCAGAUCUCCAUUAUAUUCAUCUUUGUGAACGAGGCCCUGUCGGUGAUCCUGCGGUCGGUCCACAGUGCUGUCAAUCACACGCCAACACACCUGCUGAAGGAGAUUAUUCUGGUCGAUGACAACAGUGAUGAAGAGGAGCUGAAGGCCCCCUUGGAGGAGUACGUCCACAAACGCUACCCCGGGCUGGUGAAGGUGGUGCGUAAUCAGAAGAGGGAAGGCCUGAUCCGGGCUCGCAUUGAGGGCUGGAAGGCGGCCACUGGCCAGGUCACUGGCUUCUUUGAUGCCCACGUGGAAUUCACCGCUGGCUGGGCCGAGCCAGUUCUGUCCCGAAUCCAGGAAAACCGGAAGCGAGUGAUCCUUCCCUCCAUCGACAACAUCAAGCAGGACAACUUCGAGGUGCAGCGGUACGAGAACUCAGCCCACGGGUACAGCUGGGAGCUUUGGUGUAUGUACAUCAGCCCCCCGAAAGACUGGUGGGACGCCGGAGACCCUUCUCUGCCCAUCAGGACGCCGGCCAUGAUUGGCUGCUCCUUCGUAGUCAACAGGAAGUUCUUCGGUGAAAUUGGUCUCCUCGACCCUGGGAUGGAUGUGUAUGGAGGAGAAAAUAUAGAACUUGGAAUCAAGGUGUGGCUCUGCGGGGGCAGCAUGGAGGUCCUGCCGUGCUCACGGGUGGCCCACAUUGAGAGGAAGAAGAAGCCGUACAACAGUAACAUCGGCUUCUACACCAAGAGGAAUGCUCUCCGGGUGGCUGAGGUCUGGAUGGAUGACUACAAGUCCCACGUGUACAUAGCGUGGAACCUGCCACUGGAGAAUCCAGGAAUUGACAUCGGUGAUGUCUCCGAAAGAAAAGCGCUAAGGAAAAGCUUAAAGUGUAAGAAUUUUCAGUGGUACCUGGACCAUGUCUACCCAGAAAUGAGAAGAUACAACAAUACCAUUGCGUACGGGGAGCUUCGCAACAACAAGGCGAAAGACGUCUGCUUGGACCAGGGGCCUCUGGAGAACCACACGGCAAUACUGUACCCGUGCCACGGCUGGGGACCGCAGCUGGCCCGAUACACCAAGGAAGGCUUCCUGCACCUGGGCGCGCUGGGGACCACCACGCUCCUCCCUGACACCCGCUGCCUGGUGGACAAUGCCAAGAGUCGACUCCCCCAGCUUCUCGACUGUGACAAGGUCAAAAGCAGUCUGUACAAACGCUGGAACUUCAUCCAGAAUGGAGCCAUCAUGAACAAGGGCACAGGACGCUGCCUGGAGGUGGAGAACCGUGGCCUGGCGGGCGUCGACCUCAUUCUCCGCAGCUGCACUGGGCAGAGGUGGACGAUCAAGAACUCCGUUAAGUAGCCAGCAGGAGCCGGGGUCUGUCCAUCCCUGGACCAGCCACUGGGGUGCAGAGACAGCAAGGGGAGAAGUGGUGUUUGUCCAGCGUCCCGUGCCCCCGAGGGAGACGUUCUGCCCAUCAGGCACUCACCCACCCAUGAGGCUUGCACUCUGUGGAAAGGCCCCCACCCUGCUCUGGAAAACCAGAGAUGUGUCUUCUGCAGCCCCGGAUGUAACCUGGUGCAAAAGAGUGAAACUGUCCACAUCUCCUCCUGGUCAUCUUCCCACCCCGGGGUCAGGAUCCGGGGCUGGCAGGGUCCCCUCCUUGCUCCCACCCCGGGGUCAGGAUC